ACUGCCAGCUCUACGGAAGAGCAGGAAGGGACCUGCUGAAGCUCUUAGUUAAAAGGAAGAAUUGCUGUGGAAAGCCACGUGUUGCACCCCACGGGUCCUUACCCUCAGUGUGAGGGAUUGUUAUUCUGAGUUCUACCUGAAGUAGGUUUUGCUGGGAAGAGAAGUAGCAUGAGGAGUUCAAGUGCUUUGGGGAGGAGGGGACACUGGUGGCUGUGCAAAGGUACAGAAGAGGACACUGUGGGCCCCAGGGCCUGACUUCAUCCAUGCUGCUCAGGCUGGCCCCCAAGCCCCAUAGUGAUCCCCAGGAAGAGACCAGCCUGUUUUCAGUCUGAUCUUUCUGCAGUGUCAUAAUCCAAAGCUUCCCCAGGAAGGGUCUCCAAGCCUGUGCUCUCACUGCGGUUUCUGCCUGCUGCCCUGGGCCUGAGGGAGGAGGGCGGUGCCGCUGAGUCACAGCCUGGGCAUCUGGGCCUGGAACCACGGAUCCAAGAUGUCCAGUCCCCUGGAGCAGGCACUGGCCGUGAUGGUCACCACCUUCCACAAGUACUCUGGCCAAGAGGGCGACAAAUUCAAGCUGAGUAAGGGGGAGAUGAAGGAACUUCUGCACAAGGAGCUGCCCAGCUUCGUGGGGGAGAAGGUGGAUGAGGAGGGGCUGAAGAAGCUGAUGGGCAACCUCGAUGAGAACAGCGACCAGCAGGUGGACUUCCAGGAGUACGCUGUUUUUCUGGCCCUCAUCACUAUCAUGUGCAACGACUUCUUCCAGGGCUGCCCAGAGCGACCCUGAAGAGCCCUCUACUCCCUGCCAUUGAUCUCUUGGGCCCAGGUCUCCCUAUCCCUUUUGGUUUUGUACUCAAUAAACUUUUUUGUUUGUUGAUAAUG